UUGAGAAAUUUAAAAAAAAAUCGGCGACAGGAGCCCACAGCAUGAGAGGAAGAACUAUGAGAAAUGAGGCUAACAUGUGGACAGGGGACAGACUUGGAGGAUUCUAUAAGCACUGUUAAGAUGCUUGCACUUCAAUAGCAAAGGGAAUCCUCUGAAGGAUUCUGAAAUGGGGAAAUGGCCUGUGGCCUUUAGUAAGAUGACUCUGUCGGCUCUGAGGAUAAUGGAGUGGAGAGCAAGACCAGAGAUUAGGAUACUGAGGAGAAGCAGCUGGAAAAAUUCAGCAGCCCAGCUAUCUGACUUCAUGUGAAAGAUGGCUAAUGCGGAAGUGAGUGUCCCAGUGGGGGAUGUGGUUGUGGUACCCACUGAAGGAAAUGAAGGAGAGAACCCUGAAGACACUAAAACCCAAGUGAUCUUGCAGUUACAGCCUGUGCAGCAAGGUUUGUUUAUCGAUGGACACUUUUACAACAGGAUUUAUGAACCUGGGUCCGAGAACAACACAGCAGUUGUGGCAGUAGAAACUCACACGAUUCACAAAAUUGAAGAAGGGAUUGAUGCAAGCACUAUAGAAGCAAAUGAGGAUAUGGAAAUUGCUUACCCCAUAACUUGUGGGGAGAGCAAAGCCAUUCUCCUCUGGAAGAAGUUUGUAUGUCCAGGAAUAAAUGUGAAGUGUGUCAAGUUCAAUGAUCAGUUGAUCAGCCCCAAGCAUUUUGUACAUCUGGCUGGCAAGUCCACCCUAAAAGACUGGAAGAGAGCCAUUCGUCUGGGUGGAAUCAUGCUCAGGAAAAUGAUGGACUCCGGACAGAUUGAUUUUUACCAACAUGACAAAGUUUGCUCCAAUACCUGCAGAAGCACCAAGUUUGAUCUUCUGAUCAGCAGUGCAAGAGCUCCAGUGCCCGGACAGCAGACAAGUGUGGUGCAGACACCCACUUCGGCUGAUGGUAGCAUCACACAGAUUGCCAUCUCAGAAGAGAGUAUGGAAGAGGCAGGGCUGGAAUGGAAUUCCGCUCUCACUGCUGCUGUCACCAUGGCUACAGAGGAGGGUGUGAAGAAGGACUCAGAGGAAAUUUCAGAGGACACUUUGAUGUUCUGGAAAGGAAUAGCUGAUGUAGGGCUGAUGGAAGAGGUUGUCUGCAAUAUACAGAAGGAAAUAGAGGAGCUACUCAGGGGAGUUCAGCAGCGGCUCAUUCAAGCUCCCUUCCAGGUAACAGAUGCUGCUGUUCUCAACAAUGUAGCACAUACAUUUGGCCUAAUGGACACGGUGAAGAAGGUAUUGGACAACAGAAGGAACCAAGUAGAGCAGGGAGAAGAGCAGUUUCUCUAUACUCUGACAGAGUUGGAACGCCAGCUGGAAGAGCAGAAGAAGCAAGCUCAGGAUCACAGGCUGAAAUCCCAGACGGUUCAAAAUGUGGUACUGAUGCCUGUGAGCACUCCUAAGCCUCCAAAAAGGCCCCGGCUCCAGCGGCCAGCUUCCACCACAGUCCUGAGCCCUUCUCCUCCGGUCCAGCAGCCUCAGUUCACAGUCAUCUCCCCCAUCACCAUCACCCCAGUGGGCCAGUCAUUUUCCAUGGGCAAUAUUCCAGUGGCCACCCUCAGCCAGGGCUCCAGUCCUGUGACUGUUCACACACUGCCUUCUGGCCCUCAGCUCUUCCGCUAUGCCACAGUGGUCUCCUCUGCCAAGAGCAGCUCCCCAGACACAGUGACCAUCCACCCCUCGUCUAGCUUGGCACUGCUAAGCUCCACCGCCAUGCAGGAUGGGAGUACCCUGGGCAACAUGACCACCAUGGUGAGCCCCGUGGAGCUGGUGGCCAUGGAAUCCGGCCUCACCUCAGCAAUCCAGGCUGUUGAAAGCACCUCGGAGGAUGGGCAGACCAUCAUUGAGAUUGACCCAGCCCCAGACCCAGAGGCUGAGGAUACUGAGGGCAAAGCAGUCAUUUUGGAGACAGAGCUGAGGACUGAGGAGAAAGUUGUGGCUGAGAUGGAAGACCACCAGCAUCAAGUCCACAAUGUGGAGAUUGUGGUCUUAGAGGAUUAACUGGGGAUCUCGGGGCCAGGAGAUACGUUUUGGUUUGGAAUUUUAAUUAUUUGUUUAUUUUUAUCAUUGUCCCACUCAUUUCCACAUAGGAUCCUUUUUUUUAAACAAAAUCUCUUUGAUGUAACUGAAAAUGUUGGGUACCUCCCACCCCCUUAUUGAAAAAUGGACAAAAACAAGCUGUCCUUCCAGAAGUUGAGAGUAGGUCACUCAGUGUCCUAAUCCUUUUACACCAAGAAAGUUAUUUCUUUUAGGGGAGGCAUCAGGAUAAUCAGAAACCCUGUCCAGAAAGCCCUUUCCAGGCUAGUCUGUCUGUGUACGCAUGUGGUUUUAGUUUUGUAAAGAUGCAUUGACCAAACUCUGGAAUGCAGAUCUGACACUGGAAGGCAGCCCACCCACACAUGGAAGUGGAAGGAUACUUUUUUUGUGUCCUGGAAAGGACCCUCAGAGGCUGCUGCAAAACUGAAAUGAAAGAAAGUUGAACUGUACUUGGAGGGGAAGGUGGCAUACCAGCAGCAGCUUAAAAAGGGAAGUGCUUUGGCCAGGAUGGGGCAAGGAAAUUAUCUUAGCUCCAGAAGUGCAACUGAUGCCUCUUGAUAUCUCGAAGGGUUAUUACCACGGGUGCCAUUUUGAGAAGAGGCCAGAAAGAAGUGGAAGGGUACAUCUCCUUGGACCAAGUGGCAUCAGGGGCCCAGGGGCCUGUCGCUUUGCAGAAACAGAAAUCCCUGGUUGUCACAGCUGUGCUUUGUGAUCGAAGCUCACCUUCCCUCCCUUCCCAACUUUGUCAAAGCACUUAACCCUCCUAAAUUAGGAUCAGUCCAUUCAUUUGCAAAUGUGCGAUGUGGUGUAAAUUUCUCUGGUUCUUGGACUGUGGCUGUCCUGGGGGUGGGGCUCCAAGGCCAUCAUUUUUAUUGCAUGACUCCAGGCGCAGGGAGUUCCUCAUCCAGACCAGCUGCCCUUUUUGGUGGGGCCCUUUUUUGGCUUUGGAACCAAAAGCAGCCACUCAUUUGGUGCUUCCUCUUGUUCUACCCUCCAUCCCUCAAUUGUUAAUGGCAUCUGUCUCCUGGAUCCCACGCUUUUCAGCUUUUUGGCUGAUUUGGAGAACAGUGACAGGUGCCUGCCUGCCUUCCUCCUCUUUUAGAUUCAUUUAUACCAUUUAUACCACAGAUGUUUCUGUGAGAUAUUAAGCUCAUAAAAAACCUUAGGCUUUGCAGGGAAGACUCAACAGCCCCAGCCUAUCCUGAGGCACCGAGUAGAUGUCUCCUCCUGAGCAAGCUGGACUCCCUGGGAAAGAAGCAUUGUCUGCAACAUUAUAUUAUAGGAAAUGUACCAGGAAUGUCAAUAAUAAUAUCUUGGGGGGUUAUUAUUAUUAUUUUUAUAAUGUUGUUUGUAUAUUUAGAGCUGGGCCAUUUUCCGUGCUGUGAUUCCUGCUCUUUGACCAUCUUCAGUGUUUGGGGCAAGAGUGGAUCCUGGUUUUUAUUUCUUUGAUUGCAUUGUUUACUGCACUAGGACAAAUAUAGGGAAACUGCAGACAAUUUAAAGGAAAACAAGGUCAAAAAAAGAAAGCACACACCUUAGGAGUGGGA